AUGGACCUUCAAGCUCUUCGGCUCUACUUUCGCGGUCUGGCUUUACUUGCGGCCCUCCUUCUCUGGGGCAUCAGUGUCUGGAAUGGCACGGUGAAAGCACUCUUGCUAGCCGUGUAUCAUGGAUGGCUGACCGACGAUAUCCCACUACAGACCAAAUACACAGGGAUUCCUCUCGUUGACCUUCCAAUCGCUCUCCUCGUGGCCUUUUUCUUCUACGGCACCAACGGUCACACUUCAGGCUAUCAGUAUUUCUUGCUUGAUGCCUACUCGACACUGCAAUCAGCCUUCAUCUGGCUGUAUGUGGAAAGCUUUCGUGUGGACACCAAGCCACGUUGGAUUGCCCAGCCUGUCAUAUUCGGCUUUCUUUGGCAAGCAUUUGGGGCAGCCAUCUCGCUGCCACUGUACUAUGCUCUCCAUGUGGAAUGGCUCCUGCAAGCACGCGCGACGGGCGAGGUGAGAAUCCGUGGUGCCGUCGUCAUCCCCAUAGGCUUCCUCCUGGGGGCAGUCGUCCCGGUAGUGAUCGGAAUGCUACCGACCUGGACGGGUGCCGCGAGUCGGUCUGCCAUUGAACAUCAAUACAUCCUGGCCGUAUGGCAGCUUGACCCCAUGUGGGUCUCAUGGAUCCAAUUGGGUCUCGGUGCCGUAGUUAGUCGUCUCUGGCGGACCGGAGAGAUGACACAGCAACAGUCGUACUUGUGGGUGCGAGGCUCGUAUCUGCUGGCCGCCGCCUCUUCCACUGUUGGACAUGCCUAUGUCAUCCUCAAGGCGCUGUCCGAUGAAAAGAUGAGCCUGUGGCACAUGUACGUGCCAUCUGGCUUGUCAGGGCCAUCCGGAACGGACGGCAUUCUGGUCCGAGGACCCUGGCUGUUUUUGCAGUAUGAUCUUAUCAUUAUCGCACUAUCUAGUCUCUCGUGGGCCUUUGUCCUGAUCUGCCACGCGUUUGACAAGCACCGUUUUGUUUCCCGUGCGAAGGUGGGGCUGUUGCUCUUGGCGGGGGCCAUCACCAUCGGGCCGGGGGGCACAGUCUCGUUGGCGCUUUUUGUGAGGGAAGCUAGGCUGCACCAAUCCCGAGCUAAGAAAUAUUCGUAG